AUUUGUAUUUCCACUCAUUCAAUCGAGAUUGUGAACUUGUUUCGAAUUUCCUUUUCAUGGGGUAACUAUGAACCUCGCAGCCUCGUGAGAGCCCACAGAAUGCACCUCGUCCUGCCGUGACGGCCACUGCGACCGCGCCAGACCAGAACAAAACAUGGCCGACCUCGUCGCGUUCAACGACGAUGGAGAACGCGACGACUCGAUCUUCCGGCGAGCUUGGUAUCUGGCUCUCACGCCAGCCCGCGUCCUCACCUCCCGUACCGCCGUCAAAGCCUACCUGGGCACCCUCCUCUUCUUGACCACCUCCACCGUCCUCCUCACGGUCUCCUCCACCGCGUUCGGCUUCUUCUACUACAACUACAUCCCCCAGAUCGAUCUUGAACGCGUCUUAUACCUGCAAUAUGGCGAGGGGCCGCGACACCCGCCGCACGCGACGAUUGCACUCGACACGACCGCCCUGAUAACUCAACAGGCGUACGACGUGGAUCUGAUACUCGACAUGCCCAGGACACCUACGAACCUCGACGCCGGGAAUUUCAUGCUGGACCUGUCGUUACUCGGGCCCGGACCCAAUGUGGUGCGAAACGUCCCUGAGCCUCUGUCGUCGUGGCUCGGCAAUAUCACCGUGGACAACGUCUACUCUCGUUCACGGAGACCUACCAUCCUACCGUACUCUUCUCCGAUCCUUUCAGUCAGCAACACACUCCUGUACCUGCCGUGGCACAUGCUCGGAUUACGGGACCUAGACGCGGCCCACCUGGUCGUGCCGAUGUUUGAAAUGAUCACAUUCCCCCGAGGGGCACGAAACAUACCGACCCACGCACGAUUGGAGCUGCAGUCGACCAGCGUCCUGCAGGUUUACAGUGCAAAGUUGGUGUUCCGUGCCAAGUUCCAGGGUAUGAGGUAUCUGAUUUACAAUUACCGGGUACCUGCCUUCGUCGUCUUCACGGCGCUGUUUUACACCGUCAGUGUGACGAGUAUGGGUUUGGCCUGGGCUUUAUUGUCGAUGCUCUGGUCUAAGAAAGAUGACGGCGACGGGAGAGACCGCACCGUGAUGAAGAAAGAAGGACGCCAGAGUGACAUCAAGCGUGAAGAUGAAGGACGACGUAAAAUUAAGGAAGAAGAAGAAACAGACUCCUCGCAGCAUGGGUUAUCACUUUCGAAUUUAUCAGAUACCGCAGCACAAUUUCCCACACGGACCGGACAGAUGCCUUUGAGGUUCGAAGGGCGAUCUCCAGCAGCAGAUGCAGAACAGGAUGAAGAGGUGGAGCGUUUGACGCCUCCACCUGGUCCUGAUGAGGUUGCAGACGACGAGGAAGAAGAGGACGAAACGCAAGAAAUUCGUGGUAGAAGAUUCGAAGGCGAUUCUGGGAUUGGGACAAGUAUGGAAAGUGAGCAUCAAAGUUCUGGCAUCGUCAGGAGAAGAAGUUCCAGAGGCCUUUCAAACAGAUGAAGGAUUUAAGUCUUUCUGGUCGUCUACGGCUCUGAUGCCUCAAAUCGAUUGCUCGCAUCACAAACUCCCUUGAUCGCUUUCACAACUUGCUUGGCCCGUUGUUGAUUUCCAUUCCAAACGUGCUCUCAACGAGAAUGCAAAAUGUCAUCGACUAUUCCCGCCAUCAGCAGCAAUCGUUCGUCCUCCUGCUUCAUUCCCACGAGUUGAAGUGCGGUGGGAGCAUUCGCAUAGUCCUCGGGCCCGGGAAACAUCGAGUACAGUUUCUCGUCGUCUUCUCCAUACUUUGCCGCCUGGUCGACGACAUCCGAUGUCUCGUCGACCUUUCCGACCGGAAUGAUGCAGGAUGGGUAGUCGACCAGGUUCCACAAUGCCAGUGCCACCGACGACCACGAAUCGAUCGGGGGUGCGGUGUGUGGAGCCAGAGGACCAAGGAUGGCGUCGAGUCUGUUCUCGAGCCACAUGUCCCUGUACGCCGUCUCGGCUUGUUCGCGCGCGACGGUCCAUGCGAAUAGGUCGUCCAGGGACUUGGACGGCAUGGACAUUAGACCGAUACGUUUCACCGACUCGACCAGUGGUUCGUCUGCUGCGGAGAGGUGACCACGGACGGUCUAGUCGUGAAAGAUGGAUAUGUCAGUUGGUCUGUGUUUCGCAUGGCAAAAGCUGGACAUACCUUGCAACCUUCAAGAGAAUAAGAUGUCCACGCCGUCCCGAUAUCUCUCAUGACAUUUGGCAAUUCAACAUGAACCAGUUCGACACCGGCGACGCGCAGUUUCUCCGUCGCUUCGGCCAGUGCCCGCCUGAUAGGUGGAGUGGGCGUCAACAACCCUUCGUCCUGGACGACACCUACCUUCAGACCCGCUGCUGCGCGGGGUGGCGUCUCGAGUCCUCGCCACGGAACAUGCAAGCAAUUCACGUCGACCUUCCACGGGUCGUGCGUCAUGACGGUUUUCAUCAACAACUCACAACUGCGCAUGCUCGUCGCCAAGGGCCCCGCGACGGGCAAGAUGCCCGCGUGUCCCGGGGCCGUGGGGUUCCUUUGUCCGGCGAACGGCACGAUACGCUCGGACGGUUUGAAGCCGUACACGCCGCAGCAGUGUGCCGGGAUGCGGAUGCUCCCCGCGACAUCGGUGCCGCUGCCUAGCACGCUGCCGUGCAUGGCGACCAGGGCUCCCUCGCCGCC